AUGGCUGUCUUGUUGCUACGUGUCGGCUUCUUUUUCUUCUUAAUCCUUCCGGCUUCUGCCAGACAAACUCAAGGCAGCUUGUCUGUACUCCAGGCGGCGCCUCAGCCUGCUCCCGAGUCAACGGCGAUUCAUCGGCUCCGCGAUGAGCGCCACGGUGGUCGACUGGGAGAUGGUGUGGAAUUUUCUCAGCUCCAGAUCGGCGGAAAAGGCCGCAACGAAGACGACGACGGUGAAGAGUAUCCUGGAGAGGAGGGAGAGGGAGAAGAGGGCGAAUCGUCUGGGCGAGCUUCGGAUGAUGGGCGAGAGGCGUUGAAUACGAGGGAGACGGAACAUGAAGGCGGCUAUGAAGAAGAAAAUGAAGGAGUACCUUCCACAGGCGCGGCGGCCACAAUGGCUGCACCUAUAGGUCAAGAAGCGUUUCCUUUGCAGCUGAGGGGUGACUCACCGCAAGUGGGCUACGCUGACGGCCAGGAAGUUUGUUCCGCACUUGGGUGUGCCCGAGUCGCGGCGGGAGGGGCGCCGAAAAGCCCAGUUACAGGAUGCGCAAAAACCAUGAAGUGUGGCGGCUGUGAUGGACUUUUGGAAGCCGAAGCACGAUGCCAAGCGUGGAAACCAUCUACUCGGCCAGACGUAAUUCUCGCAAGCGGGUGGUAUUUUACGAAGCAUGCGCUGACUCGGUCCGGAGCGAUGGAACUUGACAUCAACUGGGACAGCAACAGGAAUCUUGAUUUCAAAAAGUGCAUGCCAGAUCUGCGGCAGGUUACUCGAUCUUUCAAGGAACUACAAGAAACCGGCAACGUGGCGCCGUUCCUCUUCCAUCGGAUGGCCAGCGUACAGUUAUCAGUCCACCAGCUUCCUCCCGAGGGAAUGGAAGAUACGGGGCCAAAAAAACUGUCUUUCUCGAUAAAGUUCGUCGAUCCGCAGUCGUCCUCCCUUAUCGGACGUGUUGGGCAAAGGCAAAACCAGCCAAUGUGCAGUAGCGCGGAAGCGACGCUACCUCUGGUUACCCUUGGCAAGAAAACCGCGAUGUACGGAGUCGGGUGGCUGCCCAUCCCGAAUGACCUGACAAUUCCAAUAACGACUAAGAACUUUGUCAUUCGGAUGCAGUGCAGUGGCGUUGAGUCAUGCAAUAUGAACAGAAUAGGAGUCUGCGCACGUAUCACUUGCCCAGCCACGGCCGCAGUGGCUGAACGGCAGAUGGCUACGGUGCAGGACGCUAUGAGCAAGCCUGUUGGCGAAGGUCCAGUCAAUCAGGUCGCUAGUGUAGCAUCGCACGCUUCCGGUGAUGGUGUGGCUUCUCGAGUGAUUCAGGCCUCAACUGGGCGGUUUGGUGCUCCGAUGAGAUCCCAGGUACCGCUAGCGUAUCCGGGGGGAUCUCCUUAUGCACAUUAUCGUGGUGGCUUUCCACCUGGUUAUCCAUUCUAUGUCCGCGGCCAGGCAGCAUUUCACGCUCCAUCGGCUGUAUUGUCAGGCCUCACUGGCUCCUUCUUGGCAUUGAUUUUUUUCUAA